AAGCUAUGCUAUGCUAAGCUAAGUGAAGCUAAGUGCACAUUGCGAUGGAUUUGGUGGCAGCCAUCACAGGAGGCGUGUCUGCAGGGCUUUUGCUCCUCCUCCUGCUCACAGUCUCCGCCUACCUGCUCUGGGCAAAGAGGAAGAGGUGGAGACAGAAGCGUAAGCAGGAAGCGAUCUUGACCAUGCCCGUUGUGCCAACGCGAACCUCCCCUAUUGGCCUCAGCACACAGACUAGCAGACAGAGCUUGAGGGCCAUCCCAUUUUUCCUACCGCCACGCUUCAAAAGCAGACCUCACGUCAGGCUGGAGGAGGAAGAGGAAGAUGACGAGGGGGAGCGUGCUGAAGAGCAUCAUGGCGGGCCCACGCGGCACCCACGCCAGGCCCACCGCGGCUCACUCACAGUAGGGACAGCCUUCCCCCUGGGCUGCUUGAGGGCUGAUCUCUAUCACAUCCCCGAGGAGCCCGGUGAGUGGGCUCCCCCUAGUGGCGGCGACGUGCGCCUGUGGUUCGCCGUGGAGUACCAGCAGGAGCGGGAACAGCUGGUGGUCUCCCUGCUGCGCGCCGCCAACCUGCCGCCGCGUUACCAUGCCAACGCCACGCUGGCCAGGCUGCAGCUGCUGCCCGACGACCGGCGCCACCGGCAGGCCAAGGCCAGGGGCAAAGGUCGCGACCCCAAGUUCAACGACAGCUUUGUUUUCCAGGUAUCUAGGAGUGCCGUUGAGGAGUGCACUCUGAGCCUGACGCUGCUUAGUGUGGACCGUCUGAGGAAGCACCAGAGGAUAGGCCGGGUGUUGCACCCCCUCCGCUGGCCUGAGCUGCGGGAUGGGGCGGGCAGGGUGCUGUGGAGAGACCUGGAGGCAGACACUGACCAGCUUUAUUCAAAGCAUGGCGACAUACAGGUGUCUCUGAACUACAACGCUCAGCUGCAGCGCCUCACGGUGGUGGUUCUGAGAGCACGCGGUCUGCCUAUACCACCAGAAUCAGGUGUGUCUGUGCAGGUGUGUCUGCAGCUCCACACACAGGUGGUGCGCACGAAGAGGAGCGCCCUGGCCAGAGGAAGUGAGCCCACCUUCAACGAGAAGCUCACCUUCAAGCUCCUUCCUCAGCAGCUGGACGACGCCUCCCUCAGCCUAGAGGUCCAGAGGCUAAAUACAUCAAAACCAGAAGGUUCCUUGGGCCUGGUGGUGAUUGGGCCCUUCAUGUAUGCCAGGGGUCGAGAGCUGGAGCACUGGACUGACAUGGUCAGCAAACCACAGGAGCUGGUGAGGCACUGGCAUGGCUUGGGCACAGGAAGGACAACACAGUGAAACUAUGGGCACAGGAUGGGCAACACAGUGAAAGUAUUAAUUAUGGGUGCAUUCCAAUAUGCAACCUUGCG